AUGUCCACUGGCAAGAUCCUCCUCGCCCUUGCGGCUGUUGGUGCCAGCGUUGUCUCCGCGCAAUCCAACUCGCUCUGCGCGUCCGCUACUAUCACGGUUGCCGCGCCCGCAGAGGCUACGAUUCCCUGCGAGACUGUCAAGGGUUCGAUCGUCUUCGACGCCUCCGACGCCCUUGCCGGCGUUAUCAACAUUAGCGGCCCUCAGUCCGUUGCCGGCGACCUGAUCAUCCGAAAUGCUACCAACAUCAACUCCCUCUCCAGCUCUACCAUCGAAACCAUUGGCGGAAAGUUCGAGCUCACUGGUCUGCGCAGUCUGAGCAGCCUCGACUUCACUGCUCUGGAGUCCGUUGGAGAGAUUUCUUGGAUCAGUCUUACCCAGCUUGAGAAUGUCCGCUUUGGAUCUGACGGAGUCACCACGGUUAAGACCGUCCGUAUCUCCGACACCUUCCUUUCCAGCCUUGAUAGCUUCAGCAUGGUCUCGGUCGGUACCUUCCAAAUCGACAACAACCAGCGCCUCACCACCUGGGAGACCCGCAUGACCAGCAUCGGCGAGAGGCUCAUCGUUGCUGACAACUCCCCCGACCUUGAGGUCUCCCUUCCCCGUCUCGCCUGGGCCGCCAACCUCGACGUUCGUGGUGUCAAGAGCCUUAGCGUUCCUCUUCUCAAGGCCGUCAACGACUCUAUCCAGCUCACCCAGAACAAGGCCAUGGAGUCCUUCAUCGCCCCCAACUUGACCGCCACCGGUGAUGAUGUCUCCUUCAGGAACAACGAUAACAUCAGCAACAUUAGCUUCCCUCUCCUUGAGAAGGCUGGAGGCAGCUUGACUGUCCAGAACAACACGAACCUUGCCUCCAUCGAUGGCUUCCCUAAGCUUCGACAGGUUGGCGGUGCUGUUACCAUGCGUGGAAGCUUCACGAACAUUGAGCUCCCUAGCCUUGACGACGUUAAGGGUGCUUUCGACGUCUCUAGUACCGAGGACAUCAAUGACGACUGUGCCGGCUUCAAAUCGCUUGCCCCCAAGUCCAGCGGUGGCAACGGCAAGAUCCAAGGCUCCUUCUCCUGCACCUCGAAGAACGCCAAUGCGAACGAGGGCGGCAAGGGAGGCAGCAACAGCAGCGACAAAGAGGAUGGCGCUGGCUUCCUAGGUGUCAACACUCCUAUCAUUCUCGGUGUUGCCGCCCUCGGCGCUCUCGCCCAGCUUCUCUAA